AUUAAUGCAUCUUAAACCAGGCAGAUUAACAUUGCAGACGGCGUGUCAUUCUCCAGCUGCAGGGGGUGGAGCUUGAUAGUUCUACCUGAAGACCAUGCCAGGUUUGUACUGCCUGCCAACCUGGACUGCCCUCCCUUUAAAGAGCUCGUGUGUGAAGGCCUGUGCCAAUGGGUAUUCGCUGGGAUUCACUGCGUACCUUACUUACAUCAACUUGGAACAGGAGCCUGUAGAAGGAGUAUUCGUUUAUCCACUGGAAGAGUCAGAGGUGGUGGCAGGCUUUGAAGCUGUGACAGGAGGCAGAACCUUCACCUUCCAGAUCCAGAACCGGCACAGGGCAGAGGACUGCUGCCUUGACUGUAGUUCCACUUUGAACCAACCUCUGCGCUGCACCAAUGGUCACCUGAUCCUCGAUGAAGACUUGGCGCGUUCCAUGUUCAUCAUGAGCACUGGCCCCGUUGGGCCCUCAGAAACCUUGACUGUGGUCUUCAGCAGUAGCCAGGAGUUGGCAACCCUCCCAAACGGCGCCCUGCGUGUCAUCUUCCCCUCCGUGCUCACACCCUUCCUUUUAUCUGUCCCUGAAAGUGAAAGUGAGGCGAGAGGCUUGUGUGACGACAGUUCCACCAGUUGUUUUGGAUCCAGCGGGCUGAAGAGCGAGCAGUCCUUCCUCCUGCCACCCAGAGACACCGAUAUCUUCAAGGGGGAUGUUUACAACCCCUUUCCCUAUGAGUUCGCUUUUGAAAUGCUGGUUAAGGGACCUUGCUUGCUGGCAGGAUUGGAAAGCCCGUCCCAUGCUCUUCAAGCUGACGCAAACCCUUAUGCCAGUUCAGCUUCAACUAUAUGCAUUACCUUGGCAGAGAAGCACAGGUGUGACAGGAACCUGGAAAUCAUCUUGUAUCCUUGUGAACCUCAUCACCCACACCUCAUAAUUGAAGAUGGUGCCAUGACUUACCAGGAAUACGAGGCUCACAUCAGGAACCGUCGAGACUACACACGAAUUGCCAAAAAAGACAAUGAUGGGGAGAGACAGGUGGCCUUUGUUCAGAAGAGAUUCCACAAAGACAUCUUGCAGAAUCCCGUCUUGAUGCUGAAUUUCUGCCCUGAGGUGGGCAACAUUUCUACGGAUUUCCAGACGGUGACAAGGGAAAUGCUCUUCCUCAUAGACCGAAGUGGAAGCAUUAUGCACAGAGAUGCCUUACUGGUGGCUAUAAAGAGCCUUCCUUCCAACACCUUGCUGAAUAUUACUGGCUUUGGCUCCAACAUCAAGCCCCUCUUCAAAACAAGCAAGCCCUGCAAUAGUGAGUCCCUCAGGUGGGCCUGUGAACACAUUCAGAAGCUACGAGCUGACAUGGGCGGAACGGACUUCCUCGGUGCUCUGUCUUGGAUCUUGGGGCAACCUCUUCACCGUGGAUAUCCACGCCAGCUUUUUAUCUUCACAGAUGCCAGUGUGAGCAACACAGGCAAAGUUAUUGAGCUGAUCAGGAGGCAGGCCAGCACUGUAAGGUGUUUCACCUUUGGUCUGGGAAGCGGUGCCUGCCGUAGGCUCCUACGGGGAAUGGCUAAGGUGAGCAGAGGUCAAGCCGAAUUCCUAAGCCCGGGUGAAAGGCUACAACCAAAGCUGAUGAAGUCUUUGAAGAAAGCGAUUGAGCCAGCUGUGAGUGACAUCACGAUAGACUGGUAUGUGCCGGACACUAUGGAGGCCCUGCUGUCGCCCAAUGAGAUUGCUGCCCUGUAUCCUGGAGACCGGCUCAUCAGUUACUGCACGCUUUACCACAUUGCCAGCUUCCGGGACAAGAAGGGCAGAGAGCCGCUGUGCCGGAGCCUCUCCAAGGGCUCCACAGGCUCGGUGUUCCAGUCCCAGGAGGAGGAGGCAAUAGGUCAAGAAGCCGCCCAUUCAAAUCCAUCUGGGGAGAGCCACGACAUUUAUAAAGCCCUUCAUGAAAUUUCCCGUGAGAUAUCCUUGGAGUUCUCUGCUGGGGCCACAGAAGAGUCCAUGAAGAGUGGAGAUAUCUGGAAGCGAAUUUACCAACCCUCCUAUAUUCAGGAACAGUACGUGCUCACCCACUGCUCGGUCAGCACUGACCGUAGCCAGGGCUUGCUGUCCCACAGCUCCACCAGCAGUGAGUCCACUGGCUCCAGGGAUGUACCCCCAGAGGGAGGCUCCUUAGCCCAGGCUCUUGAAGGCUGCUCUCAACAAGGCCAGAAGAGUGUGUCCCUCUGCAAUUCCUCCACCAAGUCUGCUCCGAUUCCGCAGGCUCAGCAGGCGGCUGGGACUAAGGUAUCAGUGGCCCUGAGUUCUGAAGAGCUGGUUCGAAGGAAUAAAGUGCUGGCCCGAGCUGCCCUCUCUGGACGCAGUUUCUCAUCCCCACACGGUGAACUGGAUGCCCAUCGACUGCGCCGGGCCCUGGAGAAAGUCUCCAAGAAACGGAACCGGUCCUUGGAAGGGAAACUAGAUGAGAUUGGGCCUGACUUGCAGAAGAUGAGAAAGAGCAUUGCUGAUUCCGGCAACUUGUUGUCCCCAGCCCACUUAGACUGGGACACUCUGUUGGAGCCCCCAUACUUUUUCAGCCCAUCGCCAGCAACGGAGCACGGGGAGACCGAAGCAAGCCCUUUGCCAUCCCUUCGCUGCCAGAUUGUGAUCCAUGCACUCAGUGCCGGGAAGCCAGUCUCCUGGGAAUUGACAGCCACCUUGGACUCCUUACUCUUUUCCCGAGAGGGCCAGACCAAAGAAGAGUCGUCCAGACAGCAUCAGCAAAGCAAAGCCUGGGACAAACUGCUUCACCGUUUGACAGCAAGCUCCGUCAUCCGGGAUAACGAGAACGUCGCCCAAAGAGAAGCGGAGCUAGAAAAUGGUUUCUCACGGAGAUUCCGUCUUAAGGCUAUCCAGUCCAGCAAGGCUUGUAACACACCCUCUAUUUAUACCUCUAUGGUGCCUGUGGAUUCUUCCACUCAGGAAAUCUUACCUGCAGCCCUUGAGGUUCGCAGCACAGGGGGCUUGUAUAGCUACCAGCAAGGGUCCCGGUGUGGCAGCCGGCGUCAACGUAGUUACUCAGCAGGUCUGGGGCGGAGGCAGGACUCAGAGGAUUUGGACUAUGCUCCUGUAUCUACAGAAGAGAUUCCUUCUUCUCCUGUUAAUGCCUCUCCCACUUCCCAUGAAAAGCAAAAUUCUCCUGAAGGUUUUGAUCCUAGCCCCUCUCCUGUCUCUCUGGGUUCCCAGAAAUCAGUGGAGAACUUUGUAGGAUCCAGGUUCAGCAUCAGCCGGCGACGAGGACAAGGACUGGCCCUCCGCCCACAGUGCCUGACCCCGCCAAGUGAACUCUCCCCUUGCGACAGUGCCAUUCACGACUACCUUCCGCUGGUGCACCUGCAGCAGGCCCCGGGCAUGUUCCAGCUGAGCGAGAGCUUCUCAGAGGUAGUUCAGAUCCCACUGGACCGCUUGCGCCGGGCCUCUCCCUACGCCUCACACCGUGCCAGCCUCAGCCCUGCCUCCAGCACCUCCCCUUGGGUGCUGAUUGCCAAGAAGAGCCCCAAACCAGCGGCAAACUUGCCGUCCCCAGAGGGCGCUGAAGAAGUCGUGGGAACAAGCAAGGACGGCGUGAUGGAGCCAGGCUCACCGCACUCCCAGAGCACCUGCUCAGAGGUGCUGAGCGCUGCCGUGUGGGCACAGGCAGACAGCGGACGGGGCUCCGAGACCGAUGCCUGCGACCAGUCGCCCGACGCCUCGGAAGCAAGCAUCAGCCUGCAGGAGAUGGGCCUCGAGGCAGAAGAGGGUGACCUGGAGAGCAUGAGCUGGGCUACGGCGGUAGCUUUGGCAUGGCUGGAGCACCGCUGUGCUGGGUUCUUUGUGGAGUGGGAGCUGCUGGCAGCCAAGGCCGACGCCUGGUUGCGGGUCCAGCAGUUGCCAGAAGGGGUGGAUGUUGCUGCCCUCAAAGGAGCUGCGCGCCAACUCUUCCUGCUGCUCCGCCACUGGGAUGAGAACAUCAAGUUGAACAUGCUGUGCUACGACCCAAACAACGUGUGAAAAGGGAUGGGUGGGCUUUG